CUACCAUGCGACCGUCGGACGAUAUAUCAAUGCCACUGGUCCACGUUUGCGGUUUAUGUGCGUCGCGUAUUUCUCCUGCAGGUCGUGAGAAAGGACUAUUGCCACUGUACAUGACCAGCGAGCCAUCCAAAGCUGCUGCGACAAGGACGUUGCUGCUUCCUUGGGGUGAAGAUCCCCAUGCAACAGCUGUCAUCUUGGUUCGACCAGCAGAGCCAGCGGCUUUGGACUUGAACACGACGACAUCUCUCUGCGUCCGUUUGUUGUUGAUAUCCCAAAUUCUCAAUGUGCUAUCUGUACCCGCAGUUAUGCACAAGUUCUUAUCAGUGGGGUGCCAGGUUCCAGUCGUGAUUUCGGAUAUGUGACCCUUGGUGUUGUGCAUGUCACGCAGGUACAUGUCUCCCUUGACAAAUUCUGUAAUAAUAUCGCCGUCCCGGGACAGUAUCUUCGCUUGGGGAUGCGCUGACACACAAAGAAAGACACCUCCUGCGAGAGGGUUGAAUUCUAUACGGUGGAUAGGGUGCGAUUGAGAGUUAACGUCGGAUGCCUUCGUUUCGUAGGGGUCGACGGUGCGGAAAGAUCUCAGCGUGCUGGGAGUCAUGGAAGCAAAAUCAUGCAACUUGACAGUACAGUCUGUGGAAGCAGUUGCUAAGCGUCCUCCUGCUGGAUCUAGCGAGACUGUGGUGACAGCGCGAUCGUGAGUUUUAAGAACAAGCUCGUGUGAUACAGGGAAUUCAUCCUGGUCGGAAUCGUCGCUGUUGUCGCUGUCGGAGUCAUCACUAGAAUCUUGCUUCUUCUUUCCACCACUGACUUCUACGACUUUUCUGCGACUUCUUUCGAUUUGGGCUGCGACAUCGGCUUCUUUCGAUUUCUUCCCAAACGAUGUGGGCAAGAAAGCUCUCAUAGGAUCGUCUGCUGCCAGUUCGGAAACUUCGAUCUCGAAAUCAUCGUCGGAACUCAUAGCAAACAGCUUGGUUAUCGGUCGCCAAAUAGGAGGAAGAGGAAGAAAGAACGAGGUUACGUGGGGGUGAGGAGGUGGGAGUCAUUUACGAAUGAAGUAGUCAGGCAGUCGGGCGGUCUGGUCUGGUUGAACCUUGCCUGGGCGGCGCUGGUUGGGGUUGUCCACCGCCCCGGUUCUUUUACUUUAGUUCAGGAUGAAGAAUAUCUAAAUGAAUUGAGACAUCGUCUCACCCACUGCUAUUACGAAAGCCACCGUGCUCGUUGGUCCUGGCCAGUUUAUUUGCGCAGUCUCUUUCAUGUUUAUCGUCGAUGCAUAGUUCUGAUUCUAUUCAAGACAAGUUACCAGUUGUGACUGAACUGUCAUUGCUACUCGGUAGGCAUGUCACUAUUGUGAAGUUUGGUAUCAUAUCGGUUUUCAUUUCACCGCCAGAUGGAGUGUCAGGUACUCCAUACGCAUCCCUACGAAAGACAGACAUCAGUUGUCUAUUCUUGCUACGGAGUAGAAUUGGCCAGAAAUACUCGGUUUGCGGUAGCUUUUUCCACCCGGAAGCACUUCUGCUCCCUUAUUGAUUUGCAUGCACUUUUAAUGAAAGGAUCUUGGAGUUUCAAUCGCCAAAUGGUGCAUUUUUGUUUUACCUAAACACUAGAGUUAAUUCACGAUAUCGCUCUUUAAAUGAAAUCGCUGAAUAGGUACGGAUUAGAGCAAACAUCCAACAAGGAGUAUAUUUCGUGUCUCCCAUCAUCUCAAACUUUGGUGAUGAAAGCAAUACAUAUUUAUUGAUUGGUUGCUUACCACGACCCACUUCUUGACCGAGAGCAGACCUGCACCUCACCUUGCUGAGUUGUCUCAACUUUACGCGACAAGAAUAACAGGGCGCCAAGUUCCAACAUCACAGUUGCCAGAAUGCCUCCAGAUUCUCUAUUGGACGAAGAUGAAUCAUACGUAUCCUCGGAAGACUCAGACUUCGCUCUGGAUGAUUCGCCCGAUCAGACUUCUGAUCACUCUGACUUAGAAGAUCACAGCGACAAAACAGCCAACAAACGAAGUCGCCCACAAGAUGAAGCCGAUGCAGGAUAUGACAACUCAGGUGAUGAGGCGAUCAUAAAAAGGGGCGAAAAGCGUCGUAAGAAAACGCAAGCAAAAGGCGUGCGUGAACACGACGAGGGUGAGGGCGGUCUGAUCAAGACUCGUAGACAGCGUGCCGCUGAGAAAGAAGAGCGUCAAUAUGCGACAAACAACGAGCCAGUCACUAUCGAUGUUGAUGCGCUAUGGGCGCAAAUGAUAUCCAAACCACCAACUCCAGAAAGCAAGGACGACCGACCCAACGACGUGGAUACAAGUACCAACUUCAUUGACAAGCCAAACGACUCAGCUAAAAAAAAAUCGAAUUCAACCAUAUCCGACCAGUCAUCAACAAUGAUUCGCAUCAAACGCACGUAUAACUUUGCUGGUCGAAUUCACAUAGAGGAAAAGCUGGUUCCGCGUGACUCAGCCGAAGCAAAGCUUUAUCUUGCCUCACAAGGUCAAGAGGCGCCCAAGGAUAGCCCUGAAAAGCGCGUUACCAGAAAGGCGUUCCGAUCAGCUUUCGAGCCUCAGGUAGAUCUUCUUCCCCAUCGGGCAGAUCUGAAUCUCGGAAUGGCCGCCCGGAUCAAGGCUGGCAAAGAAGCACAAGCCAAGAAACUCAAUGUUGUCGAGAAGAGUCGUAUGGACUGGGCUGGUUACGUGGACAAGGAGGGCAUCAAGGAUGAGCUUGAGUUGGCUGGCAAGUCCAAGGAUUCAUACAUGGCCCGAGAAGACUUCUUAGCAAAGAGCGAGGCGCUAAGAGAAGAGGACUCGAGAAGGGCAAGGCUCACUGGAAAAGCUUGAUCUACCUAUCCUAUAUUCUUGGCGUUUUGGCACGAUACCAUGGAACUUAGCAUCACUUUCAAUAGAUUUCAGGCGUUACAAGGUAGGUAUAUAGGCCUGCCAUUGGACCAGGCAUGCGUAAUCAAUAUUGGGUACAUCAAAAGGUCUCCCAAAUCCUACUAUCUUUCUGAUUCUUACAUAUCACAAACCAAGCGUUUGUUUUGUUCGUAAUAUUUGCC